AUCCCUGGCUGGUGAUCCUCAUCCAGGCCGCCUCGUCCUCGGGGAGCUCGCGACGGCUCGGGGCAGAGAGUCGCCGGGGCGCCCAGAAGCCCCGGGAAAGGACGAGGAGCGGGGCCGGGCCGGGCCGGCAAUGCCUCCAGCUGCUGCGGCGCCCGCCGGUGACCGAGCGCCCGCGGCCUCGGGGGCGCAGCUGGGCCCCGGGGAGGCCAGGCUGUGAGGCGCUGGGGCCUAGCGCCCGCUGCGGCGGCUCAGGAGGGCCACAGGGCCCGCGCUCCUCCGCCUCCCUCGCUCUGUGCGGCCCCGCCUCGGCUCGCAUCCUCCGCCGCCGAUCGCCAUGGCCUCCGCCGCCCGGGAGAGCGCGGGCUCCGGGCUCAGGCGGUCGCCACGGCUCCCGGCGCUGCGCUGGCUGCUGCUGCUGUGCUUGUGGCUGCCCAGCGGCCGCGCGGUGGGGUCGCCCUCCGCGCCGCUGUCCGAGCUGCACGCGCAGCUCUCGGGAGUGGAGCAGCUGCUGGAGGAGUUCCGCCGGCAGCUGCAGCAGGAGCGGCCGCAGGAGGUGCUGGAGCUGGAACUGCGCGCAGGCGGCGGCCCCCAGGAAGGCUGCCCAGGCGGCGGCGGCGGCGGCGGCUACAGCGCCAUGCCGGACGCCAUCAUCCGCACCAAGGACUCCAUCGCGGCCGGCGCCAGCUUCCUGAGCGCGCCGGCUGCCGUGCGGGACUGGCGGCAGUGCCUGGAGGCCUGCUGCCUUGAGCCGCGCUGCUCCGUGGCCGUGGUGGAGCUGCCCCGCCGGCCCGCGCCCCGGGCCGCCGCGCUCGGCUGCUACCUCUUCAACUGCACGGCGCGCGGCCGCAGCGUCUGCAAGUUCGCACUGCACCGCGGCUACAGCAGCUACAGCCUCAGCCGCGCCCCAGAGGGCGAGCAGAAAGGCCUGGAAGCUGGCGCCCCGGCCACCGCCCGGGCCUCGCAGCGGCCGGAAAAGGACGAGCCUCCACUUAGCAAGGCCGGGCAGGAUGUUGUUUUGCAUCUGCCCACAGAUGGAGUGAUUCUGGAUGGCCGUGAGAGCACAGACGACCACGCCAUCGUCCAGUAUGAGUGGACACUGCUGCAGGGUGACCCGUCAGUGGACAUGAAGGUGCCUCAGUCCGGAACCCUGAAGCUGUCCCACCUACAGGAAGGGACAUACACCUUUCAGCUGACGGUGUUGGACACUGCUGGACAGAGGAGCUCUGACAGCGUCUCAGUGACCGUGCUUCCCGCAGCCUUCUCCACAGGAGGAUGCUCGAAUGUUUGCUCACGCUACCACUUCUUUUGUGAUGACGGCUGCUGCAUUGACAUCACGCUGGCUUGCGAUGGAGUGGAGCAGUGUCCUGAUGGGUCUGAUGAAGCUUUCUGUCAAAAUCUGAGCCUUGACCGCAAGAUGGUGACCCACACGGCUGUGGCACAGCCUAGACCCACCGGACCAAGCAAAGAUGCAGGCAGGGGCUCCUUGUGGGAAAAACCCCAGAAAGCCACCGUCCCCAAACAGCCACCUGUGUCAUCAGCCAUGGAAAAGAGGAAUCAUUCUGCCUUUGGGGGACCAGAGAGUCUCAUUGAUCCUGGGGUGCCAGAUAGUGGUUCCUCAGGGAAGCACAGAAAAGAGGAAAAUUAUAUUGUUGAGUCAAAGAGCCAUCGAGGAGGAGGGGAACACCCAGCCCCAGAAGCAGUUUCUAUCACACCUUCCGAGAAAUGAUUGGAUCUCACUCUCACAGAGCACUCCAACUAGCUCUGGACGCCUCAGUCAGAGAAGGAUGGAAAGCUGGUGAGAAACAAGAGAAUGUUCGUAAGAAAGCACUAGGAUGAGUUCUUGAAUUAAUCCUGAAGAAAUUCUGAAAGAAGAGAAAUCAUCUAGCCUGGCAAGAAACUGACUAGGGAGCUUUUUACAUAAUUCCCACGUGAGAUGAGAAAAUGUAGGCAACCCUUUUUAACCACAUUCUAUCCUUAACACCAGUGCCUUAAUUCAGGCCACCAUCACUGUACCCCUGACUUGCUACAGGUACCUCCUACUUCUGACCCUAGUUUUGUCCCUUUCCAAUCUACUCUCUACCCCACUGCCAGAAUUAUCUUUCUGAAAUGGAAUUCUGAUUGCUUCACUGCCUGGCUUAAACAAUCGCUCCCUACCGCCCUCAAGGCAGAGCCAACACACCACACUCUAAUUGCCUGUUUGUCUUGUCUUUGGAUUUUUUUUGGGGAUCCUCUACUUGACUGUAAGUUCCACGAGAAUGGUCAGUUUCAAAUUCACAGCUGUGUAUUCCUGGCCCUAAAGCAGUGCCUACAUAGUGGGCACACAAACACUUGUUGAACUAAUGAUGUAUUAAGAAGGUCCUCACACUGAAAAAUAUUUAACAAAUUUAACAACAGAACAAAUUGCCAAAGAAAAGUAUUAGAUGUUUGCUUUUCCAAAGGCAAUUUAAAAUAAAGGCUUUUUUCUUUUUUUUCCUGUCUCGGACAGUUUAAGCAUAGAUUAGCCUGACGGGGAUAGAAACAGGGCACACAAAAGCUAGAUGUCCUCUCAAAUCUAUUCCACACCUAAAUUUAAAAAGAAGCAGACGGGGACUUCCAUGGUGGUGCAGUGGUUAAGUAUCCACCUGCCAAUGCAGGGGACACAGGUUUGAUCCCUGGUCCGGGAAGAUCCCACAUGCCGCAGAACAACUAAGCCCGUGCACCACAACUACUGAGCCUGCGCUCCAGAGCCCACGAGCCACAACUACUGAGCCCACGUGCCCCAACUACUGAAGCCCUUGUGCCCAGAGCCAGUGCACUGCAACAAGAGAAGCCACCGCAAUGAGAAGCUCACGCACCACAAUGAAAAGUAGCCCCCGCUCACCGCAACUGGAGAAAGCCAGCACACAGCAACGAAGACCCAACGCAGCCAAAAAUAAAUAAAUAAAUAAAUAAAUACUAAAAAAAUAAAAAGCAGCAGAGGAAUUUGCUGCAUGGGAGGAAAGGGGAAGGAAAAAGGUGGUGAGAGCUGACUUCAGACUACAUCUGGCACAGGGCCUCUUCCUCUCUCCCAGUUAAGUCUGCCCCAUACAAUGCCCUGGCAGAGAGAAGAGGGCGAGAGGAGAGAAAACUGAGGUGAUUCAUAGACGUGGGAGUAGCUGCUUCCCUCUAUCACUACAGCUCCUGUCAGGGACCACACCCCACCCCCGCGUCUGCUGUCCCUGCUCUCACUGGGUUCCAGUAAAAGUGUUUCCUUACCUUUAGGUCUAGAGUGGUAAUAGCUUCCUACUAUCACCCUGGGAACCCCUGGUCCCUGGGUAGGUCACAUUCUUUACUGGUUCCCAUAACCUUUCCCGUAUUUCUUUGAAUAGUCCCUUCAUUAAAAUCACUUCAAAAUCCUAGCUGAGCACACUUUCUGUUUGCUGCCUGUGACCUUGACUGAUAGUUUAUGAACACAAACAGAAAUAGCAGAUUAGGGUCUCUUAAGAUUUUUUUUUUUUAAUUUUUAUUUAUUUGGCUGCAUUGGGUCUUCACUGCAGCUCGCGGGCUUUCUCUAGUUGCGGCGAGUGGGGGCUACUCUUCGAUGUGGUGUCCAGGCUCUAGGCACGCAGAACGUAGCACGCAGGCUCAGUAGUUGCGGCGCACGGGCUUAGUUGCUCUGCAGCAUGUGGGAUCUUCCUGGACCAGGGCUCGAACCCGUGUCCCCUGCUAAGUUAACCGUUGAUGUUUUACCCUUUCAAACAUCCUAUUUUCUAGUAAUUUCUUUCGGUACAAAUUUGUUUUUUAAU